AUGGUUGUAUUAGCAGUUUCAAUAACUACGAGAAGUGGCAAGCCAUUGCUCUCAAGGCAAUUUAGAGAUAUCACAAAAGGCCGUGUUAUGGAGCUAUUGUCAAACUUCCAAAACAUAGUGGCAAAUUCAUCCCGCCAACACACAUUUGUUGAAGACGAGCAUGUUAGAUAUCUAUACAAACCUCUUGAUGAUUUCUACAUCAUCUUAAUUACCAAUCGUCAAUCUAAUAUUAUCCAGGACAUGGAUACGUUGAAUUUAUUCGCCCAAACAGUGAACUCCAAUUUAAAGGGUUUCAGUGAAGAAGAGGUACUGGAUGGUGCAUUUGAUAUUUUGGGAUCUUUUGAUGAGAUUAUUUCACUUGGAUACAAAGAAAACUUAUCAUUGAAUCAAAUAAACACAUUUUUAUCCAUGGAAUCGCAUGAAGAGAAAAUUCAGGAGAUUAUUGAACGUAGCAAGGAAUUCGAGGCUGCAGAAGAAAGAAAGCGCCGUGCUAGGGAAAUUAGCAGAAGAGAGCACGAAAAGAAGCUUGGAAUUGCUGCCGCUGAAACCUUUGGCCAAGCACCUUUCCAUAAUAGUUCCGAACGUAAUAUGAGCGAUGCUUAUAAAAGUUACUACAGUAACGCUUCUGCUGCUGCUCAACAAUCAUACAAACACUUACAGCAACAACAGAGCUACAACGAGAGAUCUAUUUCUCCACCUGGCUCACACUCUGAAGCUACAAGAAAAGGGCCAUCCAUGAAGCUCGGUGGCAAAAGAGAUAUUAUCGUCCCAGAUCUAGGAGCAAGAGCAGCUUCAAAGCCUGAGAUAACCGUACUGCAGCCUGUGGAAGAAAAGAGAACCAAUAACGGUAUUCUGAUUAACAUUAGAGAAACUAUCAAUGCUGAAAUUACUCGUGAUGGUGCCAUUGCAACGUCUGAACUAAAGGGUAUCUUAGAAUUGCGCGUUAACGACCCCGAAUUAGCACAAUUGAAAAUAAUACUAAAUCAGGAAGUGAAUGCAAAAGAUAGAACUUUGCAGUUUAAGACACACCCCAAGGUCGAUAACUCAAUCUUCAUGUCCUCAAAGGUGAUUAGUUUGAAGGAUCCUAGCAAACCUUUCCCAUCAAAUGACCAGAGUCUUGGUGUUUUGAGAUGGCGCAAAGUUGGCUCUGCCGACGACAACAGCCUCAUUCCACUACAGGUCUCGACGUGGGUUUCACCAGCAUCAGCUGGAAUUUUUGAAGUCAGCAUGGAAUUUGAAAUUACGGAAAGCUACGGUCUACCAUUGAAAGAUGUUCGUUUCAUUUUCCCCUUAUACACAACAAACGUCGUGCUAAAGGAUGACAGCGAUGGUGUUUCCAUUGAAAGUACUGACGAAGAACAUGGUGUGAUUCUCAAGGUAGACACCAUUGAGCCAGGCACAUCUGGUGUAUUCAGUAUAGCCAUUGAAGCCCAAUAUGAAGAUGCACUCUUCCCUAUGAAUAUUGUAUUCUCUAACCCAGAGUCUAGUUCAACAUUUUCUAAUGUUUCUAUUUCACAGGUUACCCACUCACUUGAUGAACAGAAGACUUUACCAUUCGACUGUGUGUCAAUUUUAAACAGUGACGAAUAUGUCGUUGUUUAG